GGUAGACCACCCCUAAUGCCUUCGGCAAAGUUCGUUCGAUGACGGUUAUUUACGUGUUCGAAUUCGGCUACGGCCGGAAAUUUCCGUUAAUUUCCGAAAAGAACGUGACAUGUAAACUUCCGGUAAGCGGAGUCAUGAGUUUACGCGACAAAUAUGGACGCUUUUCGAGUAAACGGAAAAGAAAAUGUGGAAAACAUGUUAUAAGUACCGAUUUUGCUGAUGAAAUUAAAGACCAAACAUCUGAAUUACACAAGGAAAACAGUCAGACCUGGAAAAAUGGUAGGCGUCUUGUGGAAUUUGACGUUUUACUCACCAAUCUACGAUUGUGUAAAUCGUGCCGACAUGGACCUGUGCCGCUUAUAGAAAAUAAUAUAUGUGGCGAACUCCAGAAGGGACUAAGUGGCUACCUUUAUGUUAGGUGUUCUGACUGCGGAUAUGUAAACCGUGUUGCCUACGGGAAAACACAUCGUGUGAAAAGGAAGGGGAUGCCCUGUUUUGAUGUAAACACAAAACUUGGAACAGCAAUGAUUGAUAGCUUAGGUGGACCCGUGAGAGUGAACAAUGUCCUGUCAGCAUUGAAUUUGAAGACCAUAAGUGAUAAAAACUUGCAAAAGAUGGAGAAACGUGCUGGUGAAGUGAUCGAGUGUUUGGCAGAGGAAUCGACUAGCACUGCUGCCAAAGAAGUGUACAGAAAGGAGAUGGAGGAUAUUGCCCAUCAGGAAUCAGUAGAAGCAUUGACAGAUAUGAAGGACAUUAUAGAAGACCUUGGAUUGUGUCCACUUCCUGAUAGUUCUCCAUCAGUAAGGUAUACCUUUUGCUAUUUCCAUCCAACCACUUGUAUGUAGGUAGAACUAACUAUAGAAAUGCCAGUUUUAAAUCAGUUUUUAAACUGGAUCUUCCAUUUUGUCUCUUUUUAAAGACAUAAUUUUCUAUGAUAUAUUGUACAGCAAUGAAUUGUUCUUAACACAACCAAGGAUCAACUUGCAACAAGUUAAUGGCUGUGUUUAUAAGUUAAGUCAUUUUUUAGCUUGACUAUAUCAAGUAUAUGGAGAGCUGUCAUACUC